UCAUUUCCAAAAUAAAAAGCAAAAGAAAAUUACGCAGAAAUACAGUAGCUUCUGUCUCUCUCCUUCUCUUUGCCCAAAACCAAAUCCCUGAUUUCUUCCACGAUUUCCGCUGAUUUUUACUUUCUCCGAUUCCGAACGAGAAGAAUACAGAAUUGAAGAGGCAACGGAAAAUUCAUCUUGUUAGACUGAUUGGCUGCAGAAUGUGUUGUAAUCCUGGUUUCUAAAAAGGCAACUAUGGAGAUAAAAUCUUACCAGAAUCAGGCUGAGAUGCUGCUAAAGGAAUAUUUACUAGCAGAUUCCUUCAUCCCAUACACAUCAGUUAUUGGUGGAAUUUGUGCUUGCAAGAUGGUCUAUGAUCUUACCCAGUUGUUUAGCACUGUUUACUUUAAGAGCUAUCCUAGCCUAUCAAAAGUCCAACGCACUGAGUGGAGCAACCGAUCCAUAUCAACCGUUCAUGCCAUUUAUAUAACAGUCAUGUCCUUGUACUUCGUAUUUUGGUCAAAUCUCUAUUCUGACCACCAAUAUGCUGGCCUGAUUACUUUUCGCAGUUCUGCACUUUCUACAUUCACUUUGGGGGUAUCUGUUGGUUACUUCCUUGCUGACCUUGGGAUGAUCAUUUGGUUUUACCCUUCUUUGGGUGGAAUGGAGUAUGUCAUUCAUCAUCUUCUGUCAGGAGCAGCAGUAGCAUAUUCUAUGUUGACUGGGGAGGGUCAGCUUUACACUUUCAUGGUACUCAUCUCGGAGACUACAACCCCUGGGAUCAACUUGAGAUGGUAUCUCGACACAGCUGGAAUGAAGAAAUCCAAAGCUUACUUAAUCAAUGGAGUUGUAAUAUUUGUGGCAUGGCUGGUUGCUAGAAUACUCCUGUUCAUGUAUAUCUUUUACCAUGUCUACUUGCACUAUGAUCAGGUUAAACAGCUUCACAGCUGCGGGCUAUUUUUAAUAUUUGUGGUGCCAUUAGUCCUAGCAGUCAUGAACUUAAUGUGGUUUGGAAAGAUCAUCAGGGGAUUAAAGAAGACAUUAGCGAAGAGGCAGUGAAAGGUACAUCGAAACUGACAUUGGUGAAGUGACAUCGGCAAACGAACAGGGUUUAUUCAUCGUCAUAGUAGGCUAAAUGUCCUGUGCAUUCUCUGUUCCCCUCCCUCUCUUACCGUGUAAAUGAUACGAAGGGUAUACCAUACAAGCCGCCGCCAUGGUUUUUGAUUCAAUGUGACAAAUCAUGUAAUGCUGAAGCAUAACUAAAUCUGUAUAUGAUCGGAUACGAAACAUGGAUGGGAAUGGUAAAUUGCCACUGGCUGGUUUUUAAGAGAAUGAUUUGUUUC